AUGACAAGACUAGCUCACCUCGCCGGCGCGGCCGCACUCUUCUUGCUGGCAGCCGCCAUCCCGGCAACGACUGUUGCGGUGCUGCCCUCAGAGGCCGAUGCCCUUCUGGCAUGGAAGGCAAGCCUCAUCGACGCAGCCGCGCUCUCCAGCUGGACCCGGGCCACACCCGUAUGUGACUGGCAUCGGGUGUACUGCGACAACAAAAGCGUCGUGGUGGGUCUAGGACUAUAUAGACUCGGUCUAUCGGGCCGGCUUGAUACGCUCGACACCGUGGCGUUCCCGGCGCUCACCCAUCUGGACCUCAGCAUCAACGACCUUGGCGGCGCCAUCCCGGCCAGCAUCUCGCAGCUGCGCUCCCUCAAAUCACUCAACCUCAACAAUAACGGCUUCAAUAGCACCAUCCCGCCGCAGCUCGGUGACAUGCCCAACCUCCUCUCCCUCGAGCUCGGUAGAAACAGGCUCGUCGGCAAUAUCCCGCGCCAGCUCUGCAGGCUCAUCUCCAUAAGGUCACUGCAAAUUUUUGACAACCAGCUCAGCGGAGAGCUUCCCAACUGCUGGUGCAACCUCAAGUCUCUGCAAGACAUGGACCUGUCCGGAAACCUGCUCACCGGGGAGUUCCCGAACUGCUUGGGCAACCUGGAGGCUCUACAGUACAUGGACCUGUCUGAUAACUCUUUCUCAGGUGAAUUCCCGGCAGCUACCGCAAGCCACAACUGCUCUCUCAUCUCACUAUAUCUCGCCAGAAAUGCUUUUGUUGGAGCUUUCCCACUCUUGGAUGGUUGCCACUCGCUGGUCGCCCUCGACAUCAGCAGCAAUAGGUUCAACAGCUCCAUUCCGCCGCAACUCGGUCACAUGCCCAGGCUCUUCAUCGUCCUUCUCUACAAUAAUAGCCUCGUAGGUAACAUCCCACAUCAGCUCUGCAGGAUCGUCUUCAUUUUAACUCUAGAUUUGUCCAACAAUCUGCUCGACGGGGAGCUCCCGGACUGCUGGUGCAACCUCAACUAUCUGCGGUACAUGGACCUAUCUAAUAACCGGCUCAUGGGGAAGCUCCCAAACUGCUGGUGGAACCUGAAGGCUCUGCGUUUCAUGGAUCUAUCCAACAACUCCUUCUCAGGUAAAAUUCCCGCGGCUGUGGCAAGCUACAACUGCUCCCUUACGUCACUUUAUCUCGCCGGAAAUGGCUUUGUUGGUGCUUUCCCGCCGGUCCUAGAGGGUUGCAACUCCCUAACCACUCUGGAUCUAGGGAAUAACAUGUUCUUUGGUGUUAUCCCUCCAUGGAUUGGGAGUCAGGUUCCAAUGCUUAGAAUCCUUAGUCUCAGAUCAAACAACUUCACUGGAGAAAUUCCUCCAGGUUUAUCACAGCUUUCACAACUUCAGUUGCUCGACAUGUCCAACAAUAGAUUGACUGGCUCGAUUCCUUUAGGCUUCGGCAACUUAACCUCCAUGAGGCACCCAAAAAAUGUUUCCGCAAUAAUUGAAUUGUUGUGGCAUAAAUAUGAUGACAGACUUGGCAUAAUCUGGAAGGGCCAGGAUCAGAUUUUCAGAGGCACAAUCGGAUUAUUAGCUGGUAUUGAUUUAUCAGACAAUUUGCUAUCACAAUGCAUCCCCGAAGAGUUAACCAAUCUUCAGGGCCUUCUGUUCAUAAACCUAUCAAGAAACCAUCUAUUGUGCCGCAUUCCCCAAGGCAUUGGUAGCCUCUCUUUUCUUGAGUCCCUCGAUCUAUCAUCUAAUCAACUUAUUGGAACCAUUCCUCGAAGCAUCACACAAUUAUCGUGGCUCACCAUGUUGAAUGUCUCGAACAAUCUUUUGUCAGGCAAGAUACCCAUUGGGGGUCAGCUUCGGACCCUGACCGACCCAUCGAUUUACUCCAACAAUUCUGGGCUAUGUGGGUUUCCUCUCGACAUUUCGUGUGAUAAUACUUCGCUUGCACCAGAUGAGAGAAAUGGUGAAGAGGAGGACCACUGGAUGUACUACUGUGUGAUUGCUGGGAUUGUGUCUGGACUCUGGUUGUGGUUUGGGAUGCUCUUUACAGUUAAGUCCAGGAGAUGUCGUUUUCUUUCCUUUGUUGAUGGCAUGCAAUGUAAAAUUAUGAAAAAGUUGUGA